UUUCAAAAGUGAUAGUUGGGUGCAUUUACUGUCUCAGCACGAUUUCUGGAUGAGAAGAUGAACAAAAUUUAAUACACUCAACUGUGCUCUCUUCUUGGCAUCUCUGAAUCUCUCUAUAUAUAACUUUCCUUUGGUUCUCCAUUCAUCACCAAAUUCAUCUUUUAUAUAGUUAACUACUAAAACUUAUAAAGAUGACUUGUAAUAAUAGCAAGUUGCUUCUUGUUUUGCUUCUUGGUGCCCUAGUUUGCACUACUUCUUUUGCUAGGAAGCUUGUGAGUAGUUCUUUUCGUGAUGAGAAGAACUUGUUUCAUGGUGGUGGACUUGGUGGUGGACUUGGAGGCGGCGGUGGUGCUGGUGGUGGAUUAGGUGGUGGAAGUGGACUGGGUGGUGGUGCUGGAUUUGGAGGAGGUGCUGGUGCUGGAGGUGGAGCUGGGCUCGGUGGUGGUGCUGGAGGUGGUGGAGGAUUUGGAGGUGGUGCUGGAGGUGGUGGAGGACUAGGUGGUGGUGCUGGAGGCGGUUUUGGUGGUGGAGCUGGAGCUGGAGGUGGUGUUGGUGGUGGUCUAGGUGGUGGUGCUGGCGGUGGAGGUGGAUUUGGAGGUGGUGGUGGAGGUGGACUUGGUGGUGGAGCUGGUGGAGGGUUUGGAGCUGGUGGUGGUGCAGGUGGUGGACUUGGAGGUGGAUUGCCUUGAAGACAUAAAGACAUUUCGAUCCAUAAUUCCAUUAUGUCAAAGAUUAUUAUUACUACAUUAAUUACAAUGUAGUUUUACAAAAUAUGUUAAGAUCAAUGUAAUCAAGAAUGUUAUGUUGCUUGUUAAGUUAUUAUAAAGUGUGUUUCAAGUCAUUGUUUCA